UAUGAGAACCAAACCAAAACAGGAAUACAAAAGAGAAAAACCCUAACCUAUCUUUGCCUCCAUCCAUCUAUGUUUCAUCUCCAACAUUUUUUUUCUUCUCUUGAAACCCUGAAAUAAUUCUAUAUCCUUCAGAUCUUGCGUGGUUUUCCUUAUCUGAGUUUUUCCAUUGCAUAGUUGGAGUGAAACUGUCAAUUCGAGGCUGAAUUUUUAUUAAAGCUUUGUGGAGUUUGCUUUCCUUUAGUUGGUGAACUCUGCUACAAAUAUUAUGGUGACCCAACUGAAGCAUCGCUUUAUUUGUUACUCGAAGGAACUCGUUGAUGGACAACCAAUAUAUGUUUCAUCAAAUGCUCUUCCUGGUAAGUUAAAUCGUGAACCAGCAGGGCAUUCCUUCCACUCCGCAGCACUUCUACUCCUUGGUUUUGGCAACAAGGAAGAAGAAGAGGUACAGGAUGAUGAUCAAAAUGCGUCUGGCGACAAGGGUGAGUCGUACUUCGCAUCUUCAGAAUCGUAUAGCAGUAAAGGGAAAAAAAAAUCUGGUAGCGGAAAGGAUCAGCACGACCACUAUGCUUUGUUGGGUUUGGGGCAUCUGCGGUUUCUAGCUACUGAAGAACAAAUUAGAAAGAGUUACAGGGAGACUGCAUUGAAGCAUCACCCUGACAAACAAGCUUCCCUUCUUCUUGCGGAGGAAACUGAAGCUGCAAAGGAAGCAAAGAAAGAUGAUAUAGAAAAUCAUUUCAAAGCCAUCCAAGAAGCUUAUGAAAUCCUGAUGGAUCCUGUGAGAAGAAGGCUUUAUGACUCCACAGAUGAAUUUGAUGAUGAAGUCCCUACUGACUGUUCUCCGCAAGACUUCUUUAAGGUAUUUGGUCCAGCUUUUAUGCGGAAUGGUAGGUGGUCGGUUAUCCAACCAGUUCCAUCCUUGGGUGAAGACAAUAGUCCCCUGAAAGAAGUAGAUACUUUCUACGAUUUUUGGUACAGCUUUAAGAGCUGGAGGGAGUUUCCCCAUGCAGAUGAGUUUGAUCUUGAGCAAGCCGAGACUCGUGACCAUAAGAGAUGGAUGGAAAGGCAAAAUUCAAAACUUAGAGAGAAGGCGAGGAAGGAAGAACAUGCACGUGUUCGUUCUCUCAUAGAUAAUGCCUAUAAGAAGGAUCCAAGAAUUGCGAGAAGAAAAGAAGAGGAGAAAGCAGAGAAGCAAAGGAGAAAGGAAGCCAAAUACUUGGCAAAGAAGUUGCAGGAGGAAGAAGCAGCUAAGGCUGCUGAAGAGGAGAGGCUCCGGAAAGAGGAAGAGGAUAAACAAGCCGCAAAAGAUGCUUUGAACCAGAAGAAGAUAAAGGAGAAAGAAAAGAAGCUAUUGCGUAAAGAGCGUGCUCGUUUGCGUACAGUAUCAGCAUUGGUUGUUUCAGAACAGUCAUCUGGUGUCACUGAAGAUGAUGUUGAGAGUCUGUGCAUGUCAUUUGAUAUUGAUCGACUAAGGAGGCUUUGCAGUGAUCUUGAACAAAAAUCAGGAGGAGGUGAUCGUAACCGAGUUCUUAAAGAAGCCCUAGGGAGGAGUAAUGAUGACUGCAAUGAUAUGAAGAAUGAUGGGAAGAAGAACCAGAUGCCAAAUGGUUCUCACGAGGUCAAUGUAAGUGGUCCAAGUGUGCAGGCUAAGGUGGAGAAUCCAUUACAAAGCUAUGAGAAGAAAGAGAAACCUUGGAGCAAAGAAGAGAUUGAACUCUUAAGAAAAGGAAUUCAGAAAUACCAAAAAGGAACUUCUCGGAGGUGGGAAGUUAUUUCAGAGUAUAUUGGUACAGGAAGAUCCGUAGAAGAGAUUCUCAAGGCGACCAAGACAGUACUUCUCCAGAAGCCUGACUCUGCAAAAGCUUUUGAUUCUUUCCUUGAGAAGAGAAAACCUGCGCCAUCUAUUGCAUCCCCACUAAGUACCAGACAGGAAACUGAUGGGAUAGUGAGUAAUCCUAGUAAUGGGCCAGAAGCUAAUGGCACUAAAAUUGUCAGUCCUGAAAAGUCUUCAGGCAGUAGUAACGGAGGUCAGCAAAGUGCUGACGCUGCAGUCAUUUCAAGUGGGGUCUCUUUGGCUGUGGACCCUGAUGCUUGGUCUGCUGUUCAAGAAAGGGCUUUGGUUCAGGCUCUAAAAAUAUUUCCUAAAGAAACCAAUCAGCGCUGGGAACGCGUCUCAGCGGCAGUUCCAGGGAAGUCUGUUCUUCAGUGCAAAAAGAAAUUUGCAAUGAUGAAAGAGAAUUUCCGAAACAAAAAAAGCUAAUUUGGGUUGUCUAAUUGGCGUGAUUUGGUGUGAAAGCUAAGUGAAGCUUUUCUAGAAGUUUUGGCGUGGUCAUAAUCUCCCUAAUAUGGCAUCAUCACACCUCUUGUUGUUCUCAAAUUUUGGAUCUCCCAUCUCGUAUCUAUCCUCCCCCUAUGCACUAUUUGGGUACUACCUAUAUAAUAUUUUUGUCUGAGUGGAUUACAGUCUUUCUUUAGAGAAGGAAAGCUGAUCAAAUUAAUGUUGAACAAAGAGGCUGAGCUUUCUCUGAGUUAUAAUUAUAUUGAGAUUGAAAAAUAAUUGGGCAGCUU